ACACACUCACACACUCACACUCACGUAAAAUAAGUGUAUGGAUUCUGUUAAACGCAUGCGAUGUGGGCGAUUAGAGAGUGUAUGUACUGAACAAUAAACGUCGGGAUUCACUCUGAUGUUAAAAAGGGAAAAUCUGCAUUUUUGUGCCUUUUCUACAGAAAUAUGUAACAGAGACAAUCUGAAAAUCUGAUGUACAAAACCAAAACUACAUUAAAGUGUUUAAAGAAGAAAAUAAUAUUGAUGUUAUCUGAUGUUUUUAAUAACAGUCUGAUUUAACGUUAGGAAAAUUUUCUGAUCUCAUGAAUGAUCUAUAAAACAAUUAAAACACUGUGUGAUGCUGUUAUAGGAAAGUAAUCAACACUGGUGUGGUGGUGUGAUGAAGCAGAGUUACUGUUAUCACCCUGAAGUUGAUUAGUUCCCUAUAACAGCACAUACCUAAAGGUGUGUUUUAUUCCUCUUGUACCACAACAAUUAACAAGGAUUAUAUUUUAUUUAUUUUAUUAAUUUUAUUAUUAAUUUUAUUUAUUAAAGAACAGCAUGUCAUACUUUUUAUCCAUUUAUGGUUUCUUCUGACAUCAAACGAGUGAGUUCCUGUUGUCGCUUACGUUAUAGCAGCUACAAACAGUCGUUCCCUCACCAGCGUCUCUUUAUUCUCUCUUUAUUAAUAAGACAAAAAAAACGCAGCUUGUUACGCAUGUUAGCGAGAAACCGCAAAGAAGCGUAAACUCCUCUGUCCUGAAGAUGUGGGAAAACUUAAAGUUACAGCUUUACCUCUGACUGUUACAAAGCGCUGACACUGGAGACUCCUUCCAUCCAUGUUACAUAAACCUCUCCUUACUUUGAGAAAACUUCCCCAUAUCAAUGAUUACAUAUUUUGUAAUCUGUUUAUUAUUCGCUGUACACGUCCCUGUGAAUGAGCUGUUACUAUAGUAACGGUAACGUAUUAGAGCGAGGGCAUUAAUAUAAACCUGCGCUACUGUCAGAGCUGCUGGUAUAGAGAAUUAAUCAGCACCUUCUGACCAAUCAGAGUGCAGAACUCACCAGUGCUGUGGUGUUAAACAGUUUAAUAUUUGUAUUGUUACUUUCACCACUGUUACUACGUACCCUGCUUGCUAGCAGAACUCAUCAUGGUUUCUCAUCAUUACUGACUAAAGUUUAUUUUCUCGUAGGUUUCAGUACCGAGGGAGACUCUCCCCUCUCCGACGGACUAUCGGACCAAAGCGCCAUUUUCCGAGAAAGAACUGUUCCACAUCCUUCCAAAGCUUCAGGCCAAGAGAGCCGAUUUCCUGACCGUCAUGCUAACCGGAAGCCUCCAUCAGUGCCGGGGCUUCAUGGCCACGCCCCCUGACACCCAGGAUGACGGGCCGAGGGAAGACGAUGUGACGAAGAGCGAGUCCGACAGUCUGGAUCAGAGCCAGGACGGACCUCCUUCAACUUUAUUAGCCAUUGAUCCUCAGAAAGGACCCAGAGAUCCAGGUUCUGUGGCUGAUGUAGAUCUGGAUCAAGAGGACAUCUCUAAAACUCUGGUUCUGUUCUCACCUGGAGAUGUGAGGAAGUCUCUGAAUUCUGGAGCUGGAACAGACGUUCUUCAGAGUGAAAAGGAAGCUGUGGACUUCCAGACAUGUCUCCUGGAGAAGAAUCAACAACCUUCAACAAAAUGUUGUGAUGCAGGUGAUGGUGGAGUCGUCGAUGUAUCACAAGAAAAAUGUGACCCACUUGCCUGCACUGCUCCUACAUCUCCUGCUGUGAUCAACAUGCAGAAGCACCAACCAGCACAAGAACCUUCAGAGUACAAGAAAGAGGAAAAUGAUGAUAGGACUCCUGGGUCAGGAGUCAAACAAGAGUCUAACCAACCAGCCUCUUCUACAUAUCCUCCUUUGACCAAGAACCAUCUAGAACAAAAACCUUCCAAGAAUCAAUGUUAUGAUCCAGAUGAUCUUGGCAUCUCCAGUUUAAUCAGACAAAAAAGCAAUCCCUCAGCCACCGUACUGGUUACAUCUGGUUCUGCUGCAUCUCCUCCUUUCACCAAAGUGGAGAGAACCUUCAUCCACAUUGCUGAGACCACACAUCUGAACAUCAUGUCAUCCCGAGUACCUCAGGUUCAGGAGGAGAACCCUGAGGUAUCUGAGGACCUUGAGUGUGAGGUGGAACCUCAAACCAGAACCAUCAUCCUAGAAGCAGGAGGUGUCUGGUCUAAAAUCUCAUCUCACACUCCAGCAGAAGAAAGUCAAGGACAUAGUGUUGUUAAUGGACCUGUGCAGAGCCAGAUUCCUGCCAAAGUGGACAUCAUUGUUUCUCCAGUUUCCAUGGAGACGCGGCAACAUUUCCAAAGUCUAACUUUACUAGAGAAGCCCAAAGAUGAGUUCAAGCGUGGGACAGAAGGAGACAAACCUGGAGAUAAAAGCAUAACACCUUGUCAUCUGAGGAGCAGAAGUCGGAUCCCCAUCCUGGUAUCGGAGGAUAGUGCUGCUGCGGAUCCAUCACUAUCCUGGGAUCAAACCCGGAAACGGUCCAAGCAGCAGGAGUUUGCCCGAUUGGUGCUGGAGAGACAGAGACAGACACUAAACUCCAGGACAUCUUCAUCACUUUCCUCCGGAGACGAGCCCAGGAGAGCCUCAGAGACUCCGUCCACCACUGAGGAGGACACGCACCAAUCAGACGACUCGAUUGGGAAAGUCAAACAGGAAGCGAGGGAGCGAGGGGGUGAGGGGUGGAGCAGCAGAAUCCCUCGACCCGUUACACCCAUCAGAAGAGCACCAGCUAAGCUUCUGUUAGCCAUCGCUGCUAAAUCCACUGUGAAACCCGAAACCACAGCACACACUGCAAACACCGGGCUGAGGUGUGUGCAGUCCGGAGCCAGUGUGAGGUCUAAAUCUGCUCUGUCCCGGCCAGCUAGUCCUCGAGCCCCACUACGCUGCAUCUUCACCACCUCACGCAGCUUAAACUCCACCCACAGGACACACAGCCCCUCCCCCCACCGCAUGAUUGGCAGGACUAUCACAAGCUCACAGACACACAGCGUCACACACAGCGUCACACACAGCGUCACACACAGCGUCACACACAGCGUCACACACGGUAAUCGAACCAAAGCUGCUUCAUCUGUUAAGCACACAAGUAAAGUGAAGCAGAAACACAACAUAACUACAGCCAGAUAAUAACAAUAAUAAUAAUAAGAAGAAGAAUUAAUUUUCAGUAAGCUUUUUAUCCUGGUCAGGGUUGCGGUGAUUCCGGAGUCUAUCCCAGGAACUCCGGGCGCAAAGCGGGAGAAUUCAUCACGGACAGGAUGCGAGUCAUACGCACACACACUCAUCCACACACACACACACACACACACACACACACACACUCAAUCACACGUUCACUCAUUAACACACACGCUCAUUCACACUUAAGGGGCAAUUUAGCAUAAACAGUCCACCUGCAUGUGUUUGGGAGGUGGGAGGAAACCGGAGAACCCAGAGGAAACCCUCACGGACAUGGGAGAACAUAGGCACAGUAAACUGAGCUCAGGAUGGAACCUGGAACCCUGGAGCUGUGAGGAGACAACGCUACCCACUGCACCAUCCUGCCUGUUAUUAAUAAUAAUUAACCAGAAUUAAAUAUAAACAGUGUAAAGUAUCAUUAUAGAGACUGUAGCCCCGCCCUCUUGUUUCCUAUUGGCUGUUGAAGUUUUGUACAUUAGUGUAGGGUUUAAUGAUGAAAUCAGUGUAAAUCUGCUUCAGGAAGUGAAUCUUAUUUUAAUUAUUAUUUAAGAGUUGUGUAUAUAAAUCAUUGGCACAGGCUCUGUGUGUGUGUGUGUGUGUGUGUGUGUGUGUGUGUGUGUGUGUGUGUGUGUGUGUGUGUGUGUGUGUGUGUGAAUAAUGGCUGGACUGUAACUUCCUGUUUGGUUUAUUAUCAGUUACUGAGCUUCCACACUUUGUGUUAGUGAUGAUCACAGUGUCACAUUUACACUAAACCUCUGUGUUUUUAUUAUUAUAAUAAUAAUCACUAUUGUUUCAGAACAUCGCGACUUUCCCCUUAAUGAAGGAGCAGGUCGAGUGUACGGAAAUAAAUCACAUCAGAUAAUUACAGAAUUAAACUCAAUAAAUAAAUUACAUUAUGUCAAAGUAAACAAGUGUACACAAAAAUAAAUUAAUAUAAAAAACAACAGAAUAUUUCAUUAUCUUUUAUUUCAA